GUGUUUUUAAUUACUUAAAAGUAAUUACCGCUGAAUUAUUGUGUCCAUGUGUUAUAACCAUUAAUGUGGUGUAGUUAAUUGAAAAGGUUUAUAAAUAAACGAACUUAUUUCGUGCUAAGAUACGUUGAAGUCAACGAAAAAGAAAAAUAUGAAGUAGUUUUAAGCACUUCAUCAACGAAAAAAAUUAACCACUAGAGCAGACCUAAUGUCUAAAGAAGAUUCUAUUUACAUAUUAGCUAUUCAAUUAUAGCCAUUGAAAUAUGAUUAAUUGAUGAGAACAACGUAGGUAUGGGUUGUUAGAAAUUGUUAGAGAGGUUUGCAUUGUGACUAGUUGUGUCACUAUGGAUGCCGAAGACACCGCGCUGGAUUACAUCAAAGAAUCUUGAAAAUGAUAUCCUUGUUCCUUGUUUUGUUGUUUUCCUGGCAAACUCUGUCAGAAAGUUGCCAAAGCUCUCCAUACGCGAUCCCAGGAUUUAAGAUUCAUGGUCACGUGAUCAAAACCGUUCCUUUAUCGACCAGAAGUCAAUGCGAGCAUCAGUGUGCUGCACAACAAGGCUGYAACAGYAUCAGUUUUCAUCAGAAKAAAGGAAAGUGCGAAUUGCAUGACGGUAACCACAUCWCAAAUCCUGAAAUCKUUCUUCCAAGUGAUGGAUACACCUACGUGAACUUUCCAGCAAGGCCKCCAAAGMGAUGCAGUCGUAAGUCAUGCAGCUAUCCGUUAGCAUGUGUGCCGGAGGGCAACAGUUACAAAUGCGUCACUUGUGAAGAGGCCAAGGCUGAACAAGUAUUGAAUUUCCCAAGGAAAUCUGCUCAAGACUAUGCUUUUCUCAAUGGUCCAUUUGCUUCAUUGAGCGCCCUCACGCUUUCUCUCUGGGUUCAGCUGAGCAGCUCAAGUACAUCAUAUUCUGUGCUGAAUUAUGGUUCAUUAGCAUCCAUCUAUGCUACUGAUAGCUACAUUGGUGUUUCCGUAAAUAGCGAUAGUCAGUCUCUCCAAAACAUUAACCUUGCUGACAGCAAGUGGCAUCAUUACUGCCUCACCUGGGAAAACACAGGUGGCAACAUCAAAUUCUACAUCGAUGGUGCAGUGCGCAUCGCAUUUACCGGAAAUCAAGGCCAAAUGCUUAGCAGUGGGUAUAUAGAACUUGGCUAUGGCCCUAGGACAGGAACCGGUACUCAAGAUUGGAAAGCUCUGAUGGGAAAUCUGACCAGCGUAAACAUAUGGAGUAGAGUGUUUUCUUCUGAAGAAGUGUCGGUUCUUGCUUCGUCAUGUCCUACAAGYGAGGGAGAUGUCGUACAGUGGUCAAACUUGAAGACAAAGGGUGUUGGCAUGGCAAAGCUUGUAUGUUCCAAUUUUUGCAUGUAGAAUGUAACAUGUAGGUUAUUGCGUAUUUCCAGGUAUCUGGAAAUUAUUUCAACAUAAUAUCGCAGUCAAAUCUGUUAAUCAACGUUCACUGCAAAUAUACUUUUAACYAGCUUUAGAAAAUUGUUCACUGCAAAAUUACAAGAAUGUAA